CUGAUGCCCCAGCUGAAGACACAGCUGCUGAACGCUAUCUGAUGAAGGAGCUGAAAAAGAAGGAGAGACCACCAUGUCCCCCUUCAGGAAGCUUUUCAGUGGAGGACUAUUCUCUAAUCUGAGAAAGAAGGCCAGCAUCAAGAAAACAAAAGAGGAGGAAGACAAGGUGGCUGCCGUUGAGGAAGAGACAGCUAAGACAGAUGACACUGCUACUGCUGUGGAAGAAAAGGAGGAGAAAGAUGACGUUGACCAAGAAACUAACGAGGAGACACCAACUACUCCCGAGGAAGUGAAAUCAGCGAGUACCACUGAGCCUGAGGUCGCCGUGGAAGCCCCUGCAGCUGCGACUACUGAGGAGACCAAACCAGAGGAGGAAAAAGCACAACCGAGUGCAGAAGAAGAGAAGGCCCCGGCAGAGGUGACUACUGAGGCUGAGCUGCUAUCAUCACAGGAGAAGGUCAAGCCCCAGGGAAGCCCCCUGAAAAAGCUUUUUGCUGGAGCUGGCUUAAAGAAGCUCUCAACUAAGAAACAGAAGGCCAAGAAAGACGCUGAGACAAAGCUCACUGCUGAGCAUGCGGCUGAGCAGCUUCAAUCCUCCACUGAGUCGGCAGAGGAUCCAAAAACUGACAGUGGGCCCGCAUCUCCUGAGGAGGUGGGAGAGGAUGUCAUUGCUGUGGAGGUGACCCAGAAUGAGUCCAGCCAAGAGACUGAUGGGGAAGUUGCCUCUGAUGGAGAGAAGAAAAAAGACGGGAUCAUUGCCUGGUCCUCCUUCAAGAAACUAGUCACACCCAAGAAGCGUGUCAAACGGUCUUCUGAGAGUGAAGAUGACGCCACAGCUGAAAAAACAGCCAAGUCAGCCACUCUGUCCUCUUCUGAGAGUGCCCCGUUAGCAGAUAAGAGUGUUGAGGAGGAGGCCGAGGAGGAGAAGCCAACCGAGGAUGAACCAAAGACUGAAAACACUGAGAAACUGGCCAGCAGCACCGAGGAGCCCAAAAAGAAAAUGGACAACUCUGUCUCCUGGGAGGCUCUCAUGUGUAUGGGUGGACCCAAAAAGAGGACGAGGAAGACGUCCGAUUCCGACGACGAAGAGACCAAGGUUGAAGAGGAAUCGGUGGCAGCAGCGCUGGAAGUGGAGCAGGUGGGAAAAACCGAGGCUGCCCUUGUCAGUUCCCAAACCACAGAGAGCGAUGGAGAAGUUGGUUCCUCCACUGAACCUUUGAGCCCAUCUGCUGAGAAGGAGUCCACCUGGGACACACUGAAACGCAUGGUUAUGCCAAAGAACAAGGCCAAAGUUGAGGAAAAGCUCGAGGACAGUACAGAACAAGUCCAGUCAGACACCGAAGCACCAAAAGAUGAGUCGUCAUUCUCUUUGAGGAAGCUCUUUCCCGGACGCAGAAAGAAGAAAUCUGAGAAACAAUCAUCCACCGAACAGAGCGAGGAGGACUCUGACACCCCGGCUGUAGUUCCACUCUCAGAGUAUGAAGACCAGGUCGAACAAGCCGAACAGGCGAUCCAAGAAAAACCUGCGGACGUCCUCAUUAACGUUUCCGCCGAAGAUAGAUCGCCUUCAUGGAUCCCAGCAGCUGUUGAAGACGGCGACAAUAAACACGAGCAGCUCAGUGACAUCCCGGAGGAGGCGGAGAAUGCUGCCACGCCAAAGUCAGUCGACACUGACGUCGCAGAGGAAGAAACUGAGGACAAGGACAAUCUGACUCUUGAAGUUCCCAAACGCACAGGGCGCAGACUGUCCACGGCCGAGGUAACCUCUUUUGCUCCGGCUCCAUCUGCAGAAACUACACCUGUUCCUAAAGGACCCAAGGCGGAGAGCGCAGAGGAGGUGAUGGAGGGCUUACAGGCUGAAAUUUGUGAAAUCCCACCCCAGACGAGUGUGGCGGUUGAAGAUGUACCAGUAGAGGUAGGUUCUGAUCAAACAGAGUAUGAACCCACCGUCUGAGAAGGCAAAGUCAAAGACGUAUACCGUCCUG